AUGCGGCAUGACCUCCACCUGACUGGCUGCCACCACAACCCUAAAUACCUCCACCACAACCCUAAAUACCUCCACCACAGCCCUAAAUACCUCCACCACAACCCUGGAGACCUCCACAACCCUGAAGACCUCCACAACCCUGAAGACCUCAGCAACCCUGAAGACCUCAGCAACCCUGAAGACCUCAGCAACCCUGAAGACCUCAGCAACCCUGAAGACCUCAGCAACCCUGAAGACCUCCGCAACCAUGAAGACCUCCGCAACCAUGAAGACCUCCGCAACCAUGAAGACCUCCACAACCAUGAAGACCUCCACAACCAUGAAGACCUCCACAACCAUGAAGACCUUUUCAACCAUGAAGACCUCCUCAACCAUGAAGACCUCCACAACCAUGAAGACCUCCACAGCCAUGAAGACCUCCACAACCAUGAAGACCUCCACAACCAUGAAGACCUCCGCAACCAUGAAGACCUCCACAACCAUGAAGAUCUCCACAACCAUGAAGACCUCCACAACCAUGAAGACCUCCGCAACCAUGAAGACCUCCACAACCAUGAAGACCUCCACAACCAUGAAGACCUCCACAACCAUGAAGACCUCCACAACCAUGAAGACCUCCACAACCCUGAAGACCUCCGCAACCAUGAAGACCUUUUCAACCAUGAAGACCUCCUCAACCAUGAAGACCUCCACAACCAUGAAGACCUCCUCAACCAUGAAGACCUCCACAACCACGAAGACCUCCGCAACCAUGAAGACCUCCACAACCCUAAAUCCUCCACCUGUCUGCCACAUUGA